UAUUUUUACUUCACUCCACCACCCCUCCACAUUCCCCCCUCUUUCACAAACAACCAAAAACAAUGACUCACCACCACCACGUCGACAUCCCACCACCGUCAUUCCCCCACCACCACAACACCACCACCACCACAAACCACCACCGCCGUCAACAACAACACUACAUCCCACACACAUCCUCAUCCGCCUCCCUCCGCGGCUGCUGCUGCUGCCUAAUCCUAGUAUUCUCCUUCCUCAUCCUCCUGGCUCUCACUCUCACCCUCGUCAUCAUCCUCGCCGUCAAACCCAAAAAACCACAAUUCAACCUCCAAAACGUCGCCGUUCAGUACAUCACUCUCACACCCACCUCCACCUCAACCUCCACCACCACUCUCCCAACCAGCGCGUCACUCUCACUCGCCAUCCAAAUGCUCUUCACUGCCAAAAACGAAAACAAAGUCGGAAUCAAAUACGGAGAUUCCACAUUCAACAUAAUGUACCGUGGGAUUCCGUUGGGCAGAGGUCGGGUACCCGGGUUUUAUCAGCCUGCACAUAGUGUGAGGCAGAUACAGAGCUUGGUUAAUGUUGACCGGGUCAAUUUGAUGCAAUCGGAUGCUUUUAAUUUGUUGAAAGAUGCCCAGGUGAACGAUCGGGUCGAGUUUCGGAUCCUUGGUGAUGUUAAUGCCAAGAUUACUAUCAUUGGUCUAACUUCCCCUUCUGUUCAGGCAUCCGUUGAUUGUACAAUAGCUAUAAGCCCAUCAAAGCGAGCUCUCAUAUACAAGCAAUGUGGAUUUGAUGGCUUGCAAGUAUAAAUGACACAGUGUCACCAAUUAUCAUCAGAUUCAGCCACCGUUAAGAUGAGUUUGUUUGGUGCGGUUUUAAAUUGCUACCGCUAUAAUAUUAUUGGGAAUAGUAUGACUAACCAUUUGCGUAUACGGGUUUUCCUUUUCUCCCCCUCAAUUCUUGUAAUUUCUUGUAAACCCAAGUAUAUUUCCAGGAUGUUAGAAGCAAUGCUUUUUGAGUUUUUGUGAAUGGUAAGUCAAGUAUAGUGAUUAUUUACUCAAACUA